AUGUUAACGUUGGUGUGCUCAAUACUCACCCUGAUGUACUCUAUGUUAACCUUAGUGUGCUCAAUACUCACCUUGAUGUACUCUGUGUUAACCUUGGUGUGCUCAGUACUCACCCUGAUGUACUCUAUGUUAACCUUGGUGUGCUCAGUACUCACCUUGAUGUACUCUAUGUUAACCUUGGUGUGCUCAGUACUCACCUUGAUGUACUCUAUGUUAACCUUGGUGUGCUCAGUACUCACCUUGAUGUACUCUAUGUUAACCUUGGUGUGCUCAAUACUCACCCUGAUGUACUCUAUGUUAACCUUGGUGUGCUCAAUACUCACCUUGAUGUACUCUGUGUUAACCUUGGUGUGCUCAAUACUCACCUUGAUGUACUCUGUGUUAACCUUGGUGUGCUCAGUACUCACCCUGAUGUACUCUAUGUUAACCUUGGUGUGCUCAGUACUCACCUUGAUGUACUCUAUGUUAACCUUGGUGUGCUCAGUACUCACCUUGAUGUACUCUAUGUUAACCUUGGUGUGCUCAGUACUCACCUUGAUGUACUCUAUGUUAACCUUGGUGUGCUCAGUACUCACCCUGAUGUACUCUAUGUUAACGUUGGUGUGCUCAAUACUCACCCUGAUGUACUCUAUGUUAACGUUGGUGUGCUCAAUACUCACCUUGAUGUACUCUGUGUUAACCUUGGUGUGCUCAGUACUCACCCUGAUGUACUCUAUGUUAACCUUGGUGUGCUCAGUACUCACCUUGAUGUACUCUAUGUUAACCUUGGUGUGCUCAGUACUCACCUUGAUGUACUCUAUGUUAACCUUGGUGUGCUCAGUACUCACCUUGAUGUACUCUAUGUUAACCUUGGUGUGCUCCAUACUCACCUUGAUGUACUCUGUGUUAACCUUGGUGUGCUGA